GCCCAUGAGCGUGGCGGAAGUGCGCUUAUGGUGGAGCGACGAUGGGGCCAAGAUGGCGGCUGGUGUUGGCUGCGCUUUGGGGGUUCAUCGUUGCGCCCCCUGGGUUGGCUGAGGUUGCUCUUGAAAAUGAUGUCAGGAGCCCAGUGAACUUGCCUGGCGCCACGCCCUGUUGGCAGACCGGAGACUUCGUCGUGACGGUACAGUGUGCCCCCUGCACAAGUUUUCAGACUAAAACAUUGCCGGUGUGCGGCACCACGGGCUUCGUCGAACAGAUCAACUGCAGUGCUUCCAAGAAGGGCGAAUUCAAGAGCUGCCGUUCGACGGUGAUGGAGGCGCGCCUCUUCUGGAAGUUCGAGGGCGCCGUGCUGGGCGUGUCGGCGGUCUUUGCCCUGCUGGUGGUGAGUCGCCAGCGCAUGCUCGACCGGAAAGCCCUGGAGAAAGUGCGCAAGCAGAUCGAGUCCAUUUAGCCGCGCUCGCGCCCGGCCGCUCCCUUUCGACGGGGAAGCCUCCUCAGGACACGGUGGAGAAGGAUAGCAUCCCGCUGCGGGUGGAAAUCGGUUUCCCACGCGUCCCCUCCGGCCGCUAGGGAACGCUUCUCCCAUGCAGACACCAUGGGGGAUUCACACCGGAGCAUCCAUUUGUAGCACCUGCGUUGGUUGGCUGGGGGCAGGGGGCAGGGUUCUGAUUUCGGCGCCGAUGCCACUGUCUCUCCGUCUUGCAUUGGACUCAACGGAAGCCCGGCCCGUCUCUCGUCUAAUCGCUGUUUAUUAAACGAGCGGCAACCCCAGCGGGCGUCUUUUGGAAGUCUUGCGAGGAGACAAGACAGCGACUCAUCCUGUGACCCCUCUCUCUCCGGGGCGCCACUCUUUUGACUUUUAUUUAUUUCGUUUCUUUCCACGCAUCCUCCCUCCCGACUGUGUACGGAACCUGGAUUUGAUUAAAACGAUUCCCUCCUA